CUGCCAUCGGAUCUCGCACUCUCACGACGCGACACGGGCGAAAGAGGAAGGGUAGUAUUCGGUCUAACACAUUCAGCCAUCGUGUAUACUCGUCUACCGUGUGAGACCCCGUUGCAAGUCGGGUAACCGAGAAUAUGUAUGUGCGUAUUGUGUUGCACGAACGACGUAGCGCCUUCGAAACGUCGUCGUCGUCGUCGUCGUCGUCGGCGGGCACGGCCUAGCUCGGCCCGGCUGCAGUUUCCCUCCGCGCUGUUGCCCGCGCACGGUAUUAUCGCGCAUAUCCGACGAGGCCCCCCCGAGAGGUGUGUGCGUUCCGCCAGGCGGGCGAGGUGCCGCGAGAAAAAGCGGGCGAACGAGCCAGCGAGUAAGCGAGAGCGAGAGAGAGAGAGAAAAGGAGCAAGAGAAAAGGAGACCCCGCGUGCGCGCGCGCGCUCGCGCGCGUGUGUUCUCGCGCUCGCGCCUUCCACCGCUGGUUGCCUGCGUUCCUGGAAACGACGCUGACACGCUGACGCCGACUUCCCGACGACUUCGUACGGCGGUUCGGUUUCUAGGGGACGGACCCGCGCGCCGCAACGAAGACACAGGCCCAAGGCUGACCACCGCUGUGUCACGCGACACUCUUGCACGGGCUACUAAGAUGCCCGACGUAGCUGCGGCCAGCAACGUCAGCAUCGCCGGAGCAGCAGCCAGAUCACGCAGGGUCUACCGGGCCGCGCAUUUCGACUUCCUGGCGAGUGGCACGCUGUGGAACCUCCGUUCGCACUGUCGACCAAUACAGUGAUACGCGCGGAUACUACCGGGGUUAUAUUUAUGGUUGUUGCCAGGGAGCAUGCUUGGGAUUCUGGAGGGACAUUCGCUUGAGAGACUAGUGCGGAUGCGACGAGACGUACGGAUGGACGUGCAGUAAUAGUAAUACACUUUGAAACUUGGCGACUGAUCGAUCGAUUGAUGAUCCGUAGACUUUACAGAAGGUUGUAUGUGUAUGCGUAGAUGUGUGAUACAUUUGAUGGUCCUUGCGUUUGAAGAAUAAUAGGAAAACUAUCAUUUGGUAGAGAAGUACCGAACCAUCUGUCUCUGCGACAGAUUUGCAUUUGUUGCAUCAUCCUCGCUUGUACAUGGUAUUCAAAAGCGUAUCGAUUCUAGAUGUGAUUGUCAGUUUUCUUUUUGAGAACCAUAUUUGAAAGAAAGCUGCUCGUGGUGUCCACCAAUGUUGAUUUAAAGAAAUUGAGACGAAUAUUCUGUCAAGAUGUGUGAACAAACGGAAAUAAAUUAUCUGGAUGGAGAUGUCGUCUGGGUUAAACUAGGAGCAUGCUGGUGGCCUGGUCAAGUCAUUGGGCUGAACAAUUUGCCAGAAGAUGUACAAACAGAAUUUCAAAAGAAGCCAUUAAUAGCUGCUGUAAAAUUUUUCCAGGAAGAUACCUAUGAAUUUGUGAAAAAUUACCAACAGAUCUACAAGUACAAUUGUACACUUAAAGAUGAAUUCAUCAAAAAGGGGAUGGAUAAAUACAGGACCAAGAGUAAAGACGGUUCCAAUUACAUGGACAAAUUCCCAGGCGACGUGGAGAUGGCGGAGAAGUUGACGGGAGGAAAUCCCAAUAUAUUGCAUCAGGAGAAAUUCUGUCCUGAAGAGAAACCGGAUAUCUCUGCUCUGUUUGGUGAGAAAAAGAUCCCGAAGAAAAAACGCGAUCGCGAGGAAGGGCAUAGACGAAGCGACGGCACGAAUAUCGCAAAGAGGAUCACGCAUCCGCGCUUCCUGCGCGGCGAGAGCGAUCACGAGGUUCGCAUUCGCCAGCAACCCAAUAGCUUACCAUCGACUCCAACAAGUGCGGGUUCUCCAGUAUAUCGCUGUCACUUCUGUAAUUUCACCUCCUCACGCGUUAACGUUAUUAUUUGUCAUAUAAAGAGUCAUCGAUCAUCCGACGAUUCGCCGUCGUCACUGUCGAAGGUGAAAACUUACUCUCAGUCGCGCGGUAGGAGUUCUAAUACGAGUACGCCGAAACGAAAGUACGUGAGAAAGGAUAAGAGUCAGUCGAGUAAAAAGAAGACUGAAAAUAGGUCGGAAUCGGUUAAACGGAGGCAGAGACAGACUGAAAAAUCCAGUAAGAAAAAGAAAAGCGAUCCCGAAUUACGGGAGAAGCUGUUGGCCGAUUGGGAUGACGAAUCAGAUGAAGAGGCGAAUGUCGAUAUAAAUAGUUCUCUAAAUAGUAGGCUAAGCGAUUCGCCCGUGAAGAAUUUGUCGAGUGCCGAUGACAGUAAAUACAGUGAAAAGAAUAAUGUUGUUGAAAGUGCAGAGAAUAAUGAAAUUAUAAUGGAAACGGAGAAACUGCUCAAGGAGACUGAGCAGUUAUCCUCGAUACACAUGAUACGGGACUCGUUAGAUAGCCUGCAUGCUUCAACGAACAUACAAUUUAGUUUCGACAAGAAAUCUGAUUUUGAAAAUUCCAGAAAGGAUAUCAAGACCAGCGACAAAUCUAACGAAACGUUAAGCAAGUCACCAAAGAAGGAUACUUCAGGUUCCGAGAGUAGCGAGAGCAAAAAUGCUUCUGAAGAUAAAGAUGAUAAAAAAUCGCGGCUGGCAUGUUUCGAUUUUGAUGAGGAUGAUUUGAGUGAGCCCUCCAUACCACCUGUACGAAAAAUUCCCCGUGUUUUCGGCGAGAAGAAUUUAUCUUUGAAGAAAGAGAUUAUCAAAGAAUUUGAAAUGAGCCAAGCCCUGAAAAAUGAAAUUAAGAGAGAAGUGUCUGACAAAGUAUCCGAAUUAAGUAAGAAUAUGGAAUUAAAAGCUGACGAGAUAAUGGAGAUAAUACAAGGUAGGGACAACCAGGAGGAAAAGGAUGCCGAUGCAAGUGAAAAGCUCGAUGAGAGCGAGGUACAGGGUAAAAUAAAGCCAAAACACUUUGGUGAAGAUAAAAAGGAAAAUAAAACUAUGCAAUCUGAUGAUAGCAAACAAAAAUCUAAUACUUGCGAAACGGUAGAGAUUGUAGAAAUAUUUGAAAUUGAAAAAGGAGAUGGUCAUUCUUCGAAUGCUGCAAAAAACAUUAAAGCGAAAUUUACGACUGCGUCCAAUAUAAAUAAAGAAGUGUCAGAAAAAAAGGACGAAACAGAUAUCGAUUCUAGUGAUGAAAAAUUACCACAAUCCGAGAGAAUUGAUUCAGAAGACGCAAUUGCGGAAUCUAAUGACAACGCUUCGAUGAAAGAGGCAGACGACACUUUGUCGGAACGAUUCACUACGGAAACUGAGGAUGAAACUGUGUCCGAGUCUGCAGAGACUAUGCCUGAACAAAGUGAAAAUUCAGAUACUGAUAUGUUAGACCAAAGUGUCGAGAGUCUUUCGGGAAACAUUGGCCAGACACCAGUUAAAAGAGGAAGAGGACGACCACGUAAGAACGCGAGAUCACCUGGCAAGAGUAUUAGUGCAAAUCAAAGUCCACAGACGAAAACCAAUAGAGGCAACAAAAGAAUUCGCCUGAGCGAAAGGAUCGAAGUCGAACGAAAAACCUCGGACUCCGAUACAGAUCGUUCAUAUAGUGGCAGAAGACGUAAACCGAAUAAGAAAUACCUGGAGUCCGAUAUAUAUGUUCAAGAUACUGAUUACAAGGCGUUUAGGACAGACGAGAGUCAAUCAGAAAGUGAGACUAAGAUUUCCGAAAGGGCCACAACCAAAUCUAGACGAGGCAGACGUUCUAAAGGAGCUAACAAGAGGAGCAAUGAAGUCGUCGCUCAAAUGGACAAGCAAGAAAUAGAAGUAUCCGAUCAAACACCAACUGUGGCUGAGAACAAUGUUAGCAUCUUGUCGAUGGAUGUAAAAAACAAAGAAUCUAUUAAUAAAAUAGAAACUUUUUCCGAAGUAGAAGAACCAUCCGAGAUGAAACACGAUGAGAAACAAACAAAAUCUUUAAGCGAAACAGCUACUGCAAAAAUUGACCUAGAUGUAUCUUCAGAAAAUGUAGAAAUGACAACGUCAGUCAAAGAAGCUAUAGAUAAAAAGGAAAUUAAGGAAAUAGAGCCUAAUGUAGAUAAAACUAUGAAAAAAACAUCUGAAAUAGAAACGAAAGAAGAUAUAUCAAAACAAAAUGAAGAUACAGAAGACUUGAAAGAUUAUGUAAAACCAUUGAUCAUAGAGCAAACUGAAAAUACUACUGAUAAGAUUGAAGUACAAGAUACUUUGAAAACAAACGUGGAUAUGCUGCCGCCAAAAAAGUCUCAAAUAAAAAAAUUUGAAUUGUCACAAAUAGAUUUUUUGGAUGUAGAAAUUCAAGCUAACAAAAGAGUGGAAGCUGAGUCUAAACCUGAGUCUCAGCUUGAUCCUGAGUCUCAAUCUCAGGCACAGCCUCAGCCUGAGUGUAAAAUUAAAUCUGAACCUACAAUUGAACUUCAAAUCAAAUCUCAACUUAAAUCUCGAAAUGAUACUGAUGAAAAAGUAAAUAAGGAAGGUGAGAUAAAGGCAACGAUAAACAAGGCAAUGAACAAAAGCGGUAUUUUUCUCAAUGCUGAAAAACACGAACAGCCAAGUUUCAAAUUUGAGAAAAAAGUAUUAGAUGUAAAAGUGCAAGAGACGCAAUCGACAGAGGAAGUGCUACAAAAAUCGCACGAGGUUAAUCAACUUAAAUCGAAAUCACCAGAAAAGUCGCCUAAAACAGAUGAUGUGGGAAAUGCACCCAAGAGUCCAACGAAAUCGUUAAUCGAGCAACAAUUGACGCCUAAGAAAUCUCCAAUGCAAACGAGAUAUAAAGGCAGAUUUACUCCAGAAACAGGUAAAGGAAAAAAGGAUAAAGAUUUAUUCUUAGAAGAAAGACCAGCCAAUACAUUUCAGGAGGCUUUCCUGAAGACUUUACAAAUGGAUAAGAAAAAGAUUGUAGUUGAGAAUGUUGAAGUGUCAUCUAAAAAGAAUAUUGUAGUUGAAAAUGUUGAAGUGUCGGCUAAAGGUAAAAAGGAGAAGAGAAUCAUCAAAAGAAAAGCCGACGAGAUCGAGUCGAAUAUCGCUGCUAUGUCCCAAAAUAAAAAAAUCGGCAAUUCAAACAACGAUUUGGUGGUUGCCAAAAAUAUCGAAACCGCAGAAAGUAUAUCGAUUAUAGAUAAUCUUGGAAAUAUUGAAGUAGUUGUUGAAGAAAAGGUCGAGAGCGAUACUAAAAUUAAAGACAAUGUUCUCGAAACUGGUAACGAGCUUGGCUCAUCGUCCAGCGAACUUAUCACGUCACCAUUACUUCAAUCAGAAACAUUUGCUAUUUCUGAAAAUAAUAUUAAAAAAUUAGAUGAAAUUCCGAAAACAACUAUAGCUACAUCAUCUUUAUCAUCUGAUAUCAGCGUACCGGUGAAAAAGCGUGAAAUGCCGCGAAUAAUAGAGAAUGUGGCGUUAACUGAACCGAUGCAGAUUCUCAAAACAAAAGUGUUCGAUAAAACACUGCACAAAGGUGUGAAGCACAAAUUGGAAGUGGAUGCUGCAAAGAAGAGCGAUCAAAAAAGUGGCCCAAAAGCAAAAAUAAUUAAAAUAGAGACACUGCCAUCGAACAGCAAGGUGAAACCUACUGUAAAAUCCAGCUCACACAUGUCUUUGACUAAAAAACUUCAAGUAUUAAAGACAGAGGAGACAGACGCGCUUCUGGAGGCGCAGAACAAAGAGCAAGGCGUAGCUACGUCACAGACUAUCGUUGCCGCGCCGGUAACCGAGAAAUAUGUGCAACAGAGUACACAGAGUCUGGCGGACAUGGAACUAGACAUCAACUCAAUGCCAUUUGUACUCAGCGAGGACGUGUUGACACCGGAGAGCAUCGAACAGAUGCCCGUUGUUAUAUCUUCCAUUAUACCAGCUUCUAGCUCAAUUCCAGCUACGCUUUCCUUCACUCCAACUACGCAAAUUGUAUCACCCACUCAGCAAGGUCAAUUCAAGAUCGCGACCGAGACCACCGCAACGGAAACAUCACCAACGAAGAAGAAGAGCGGCGUACCGACAAUACUGAAGACUAAGAGCAAGCCUAAACCAACCGUCACAAGCGUUAAACCGUUGGUACCGCCACUCACAGGCGGAGUGAAAGGUUUAAAAUUUCAAAGCGCUCAACCGUCCGGUAAAACACCAGCAAUUCUGACGCAGAAAGGUACCGCCCCGGGAAAAUACGUCGUCGUGCAGACCGCUGGUGGCCAACAGCUGCGUUACAGUGUUCAGGGCAAGGCCGGCACUCAACAGAAAAUUGCCAUUCCUACUAGCGGCAAGGUGGCGGGCAACGCGCAAGUGAUUCAGCAAGGUGGCAAAGUUGUUAUAUUGACAUCAGGACAAUCUUGCCAGACUAAGAUGGUGCCACUAAACAUUUCUAAGAGUCUCGGCGGCAAAGUACAGAGAAUCGUUACAAGCAAAGCUCAGCUACUAUGUCCGAUUAGUCCACAGGGUAAUAUAAUUGCCACUAAGACUAUCAUCGCGCCAAAGGCCGACACCGCCGGUACCACUGGCUCACCUACCACGUCCAAAUUAGCUACCAGCAGUCACAAAAUUAUCAACACGCAGGGCAUAAUCACGUCCAAAGGUGUGCUCACUCCGAUUUCAGGUACUAUCGGUAAAACGGCAUUAUUGGGUACGUUGUCUCAGGGAAUUAUCACCAAGGAUGGCAUCUACACGCCGAUCAGUGCUUCGGCUUUGAGCGGGAAGACCAUUAUUAGCUCAAAGGCUCUAGUUACCAAAAGUGGAACGACUCUUUUGACACCCCAGGCUCAAAGUCUAAGUGGCACGAAAGCGAUCUUGACACCAGUGUCUCAAGCUAUCACUGGCAAAACUAUAUUAGGUACGCAAGCGGUCGUCGGCACUAACAAAGGCACCAUUCUAACGCCAAUAACCGGGCAACAGGUCAAAGCCAUUGCUGCCAAAAGUAGUCCGGUUAAAGGCGGUAAAGUGCAAUAUCAACUCCAGCAAAAGGUACAGCUGCCAAUAUUGCAAAAGUCCCCGAAGGUACCGAUAUCGGCCGCAGGCUCGCAAAUAAGAGCAGCUUCCGCGAAAGCACCGGGCAGCACCGGGUUGAUCUUGCAAAACGCUGCUAGUCCUGGUGCAGUAUCAUCUCAAAAGAGCACGUCGCAUAGCAAAAAGAUCGUUAAACAAAUGAUGGUGCAGACACCAGACACCUCAACUAUUCAAGGCGUCGCUUCGCCGAGCGGCAGUGCACAGCAACAAACGGUAACAAUGAUGCAGCAAGUGCAACAGCCAAAAGGCAAAGCCGCUGCUUCGCCGACUGUGCAGAAAGUCAUUGUUCCUCGAGGUGGCAGCCGUCAAACGAAAGCUCAGCAAAAAAUUAUUGUCCAGAAAGUGCAAGAGCCAACUGCGUCGGUGGCACAGAGUACUCAAACGAACAAACGCAUAGUCGUCGCAACCACCACCGCCACCGCCACCACUACUAUUGCUACGACCAUCGUCAGCACACCAAUCGCCAAAACAGUCGCUCAGUCGAAACAGACAACUGCCACGAUUUCCAAAUCCUCUGUCAAAUCUCAGGUCUCGAGUAAAGCGCAGAAAAAUCUCAACGUCACUAUGAACUCGGCGAGUACCGCCACCACUAUGUCGAACGUAAAUGUUGCCACGGCUAGUACCACCUUAUCCUCGCUGGAACCAAUCGCGCAAAAGAAGGCAAAGACAGAUACCUCUCAAAAAGAGCAGGAUAAAACCGAGAAGCUUCAAACUGAAAAAUCUGACGCAGAAAAGGUGGAGGAGCCAAAAGUGGCCGCUCAGCCUCAGAUCAUGGCUCUGCCAACGGAGAGCAGCGACGGCACGCAGACUUACGUGUUAGUGACGAUAGACGAGCAAGGACAAAUACAGCCGCUCGAUAACAAUACCCUUAUGUCGUUGGAGGGAACCACGCAAAACCCAGACGGCACGAGAACCUUGUACAUAGAUCCUAGUUCUCUGGGAGAGGCGGGAACCCUGGACAACAUCGUUCUUCAAUUUGACAACAGCGUCAUGCCGAGCAUUCAAACAGAGGCCGGUCAAACGGCUAUUGUGACCGAGAGUUUUCCCGCGUCGGAGGUGAUACAGACGGGAUCCAAUCAGGACAUACUCGCGGCCGCCCUUGCUAACACGGACUUCCAGCAAGAGAUCAAUCUGCCAGAGAAUCAGGCGGGUAGCGUCAUGACCCAGACCGGCCUGACACAGACAAGUCUCAUCAAUCAGACCAUACUGCAGUCGACCAUUAUACCGCCAACGGAACCGAUAUCUUCACCCUCGGUGCUGGAAACCUCGCUGACUCUGAAUCAGCCGAUUAUGACACCGCUUGAAGUGCCAAGUAAUUUGCCGAUUCAGUCGACGGAUUCGACUGCCACAUCGGUGGUCUCCACCAUCCCGUCUUCCCUCGAGUUACCGAUUACCAUUACGAAUCCCAGCAUCUCCUAUAUAUCCGCCACGGGGGAGACACAGAUUCAGAUCCCUGGCAACUCUAUGCCGGAUAUCGGUGAGAUCAUAGAGAGUCCGGUGACGGUGGCGCGUGGAGAAAUCGCUCGCUCGGAGAUUUCCGCGAACACUCAGUACGUAGUGAUCCCGAAUAUCGAGGAUAAUAUCGCGGUCGCGGAGACGCAGAAUGUGGUGCAGGGCGCCGAGAUCACGAUCGCGCCGUCGACCACGUACACGGUCACCCUGCCGAAUAGCAUAGUGCUAGAAGAAAGCUCGCAGGUGCAAACCACUCCGUCGAUGCCGAUCAUCGACGACACGUAUGUCGCCGAGCAGACAACAUUUGUGGACGUGCCGGUAUCGGAGAUGCUGGUCUCUAAGGCGCCGGAAAACACAUGUUCACAGCAGGAUAUCACGGUAACAUCGGAAAUGAUCGUCUCCUCUCAUCCAGUCUCAUCACAAAAAUCAAUUACAUCGACCGACAACAAAAACUUGGACAAGGAACAGCAACCCGCGACAUUACAGGAGGUCUACUCUUCCCAAGAAAUUCCAAAUACAUCCGAAGAACUGAUUUUGCAGCAAUCGGCUAACGAGGAUACGGCUUCGAGCACCAUGGAAAUUACACAGGAAACUGAAAGUGAGAACAAGAAGAGUGCAACGUCGAUGACCGUAGAUGAAACCGCCUUGAUAACGUCUGAAUUUAAUUCGCAGAAAAGAAAAUCAGAAUGUAAAGCCGCGAGCGAGUCGCACGAAGCGAAUGCAACAGAUAAGCUGAAACGGCUAACAGUUUCUGAAGAGUCUAGUGAUAAAGCUAAAUCGACAGACCAGCAGGUAGCAGACACGUUAAAUUCCUCGAAGGACGCGCCUAUGGAGUUGGACGAAGCAGUCGAGCCGGAUCUGUUUGUCAGAAACAAACGAAGUGCAGAGGAUUGUCAAACUGAUGAGCCAUCUUCGCAGGAAGAAUCGGAUAGACGUCGUCUGCGCCGAAGCAUGGAACUACACAGUUUUGAAGACGAGGAAGAGGAGGAGACGGCGAUCGCGGAAGCUAGUCAAGAAGCGCCUUCGCAAUCUCAAUACGAGCGAUUCAACGUGUCCGUAAGCAGUGACUCCACGGAUCUACCUAGUCAAUCCGCCUCCAAGUUGGAGAGCUCAUCGGCGGGCGAGGCCACACAGUCGAUGGCGUACGAGCCAAUGGAGACAGACGAGGAGACCGUCGUGGCGGAACCGCCGUCCCAAUCUUUCGAGCAUACGAAAAUCAACGAGGCGUCUCAGUCAUACGAGACUUCGGCGGAGUCCAAUGUGAACGCGCCGACGCAGUCCUUCAACGAGAUCGCACAGAGUCAGGAGCGGCCCAGCGCUGACGAAGCGAUCGACGAUCAGAGCUUUCCCACGCAGAGCUACGAAGUCGACAAGGGUGAAAGCAUAACGGAGAAUUUAGAGACCGACGCGGAGAUCAGUCAGGAGGGUAACAUACCAUCGCAAUCCAACGACGUAGGCGCCGAUGGUAUUGGCACAUCGUCUGUGUCAACUAAUAAUUCUGGAUUGAACGAGGACGAGACGGCGAGUUCGUCCUACGUGCCGGAAACACCAGAGAACCAGGAACGCGAUCAGGAUCAGGAGAGCGCGAUAAGCACAUCGUCGUACGAAAUACCGCCAUGCGAGGAGCUCAACAUUGCCUCGUCCAGCGUGAUACCGGACACGUCGGUCAGCGAAGAGCACGCCGGCGAGAUCCACGACAAUGGUGUCCCGGAGAUCCCGACUUCUUCGUCGUACAACCUGAAUCCCGACAUUACGUCAACCCAUCACGUAGACUCCGUGCCCACUUCCAGCUACGAGGAUCAGGUGAUAGUCGAGCAGAACGUGUCGACGUCGUACGAGGUGCCGAUCCCGAUGACCGGCUUGGAGGAGACCUGUUCGCAGAACUUUGUCACAGAGAGUGGCGAUCAUCACCGGAACGAGCCAUCCAGCUACUACCCUCGUCACCAAGAAGUGACGGCCAGUUACUACGAGUCCGUAGAUCAGGAUGCGAACUCGCGCCUGGGGGAGGGGGAGGAUCCACAUGAGGAGCACGUGACGCCCGGCGGCUACUACGAGGGCAAUCCUCAGGAGGUGAGUCAGAGCUAUUUCGCCCCAACCGGCGAGGAGACGGCCAACUACAGCAGUCACGGCAUCUCGCCAAGCUAUUACGACCCCAGCAGACCCGAGAGCGAGGCGAGCCAGAGUUACUACUCCACGGAUGAUCUGGACGGCAAGAGCACGGAGCAGACAGCCUCGUCGCCAUCGACCAUCGAAGCGUCGCAGAGCUUCUAUCAGGAGAGGUCGAGCGAACUGAGACUAAGGCAGCAGGGUGAGGCUACGCCAACAUACCCCGAGGGAUACCCAGUGGACUACACCUUAGAAAACUCGCCGAUCGAGAGGCACGAUCUUGUGGAGAGCUCAGUACCAGCCACUAGGCCUAUGGACAGGUAAUAUAUCGUGGGAGGCAAUGGUAACGAUCUUAGUUCCCGCUUAAAAUAGAUUAUUGGACGCUUCCGCCUGGAAACUCUUGAAUCUAUUUUUAAAUGUAAAUAUAGACGCGUUAAGUUAAUUAUAAUAUUAAAUAAGCGCUUAGAGACUUAGACUAAGGUAAAAUUUGGCGUUAAAUUUUAUUGUUAAGUUCCUAGAUAUAUAAGCGAAUGCGUACGAACGUGCGUUUAAACAUGCUGCAACAAAAGAAAACAGAAUAAAAUAAGAUCACGAAUGUAAUCUUAGGAUUCGCAGUACACAAUUUCAUCACUGCGUUGAAAUAACAUUUAUUUUGAUUUUAUUGUCGUCGACGUUUGAUAUGGUGAAGAAAAAAAUGUCCAUACAAUCGCUAGAGUAAAUGAAAAGAGGAGCAAGGUAUUUAUAUAUAAAGGAUACAUUAUUAUUUUUUCUUUGGAGUAUCAUAAAGAUUCAUUGUUCAUGGAUGAACAAUUCUCGAUUUCUCGUCAAUAUUUCUGUGUGUCUACGAUGGAGCAAUAGUGAAAAUCGCGCACGAUUACGCAUAAAGAUUGCUUUUAUCACGCCGAGAUAAGAGGCAUGAUAAUUGCUGGUCAAGCCAAUUUUAUACGAUUGCAACAAAAGAAAAAUAUCCACAACCUGGGAUUUCACUGCUGCUCCAUAAUGUCAAGUCAUAACGUAAGCAGUUAUUCAUUUGUAACAGAUUCUAAGAGAUAAGAGCUCAUGUAAUUCUUUAAGACAGGAAACAGAGCCGUAGCAAAACCUAACGGACGUCCCGAAUCUUAUUGUUAGUCUUCAAUCUCCAAACUAUUAACUGAGACUGAUAACGUUCUCGCUUGUCUCUUUCACUCUCUUCUGUGUCUGCGGCAGCCGUUCGUUUUGCCACGGCUCUGAAAGAGAAAAGAGCACAAUAUUUCUGAUUAUAUAUCCAUAACGACGUAUAUCCUACAUAUAAAAAAACCGCGAGAAACAGAGAGACACUUCUCGGUCUAUCGUUCAAAGACUUAACUUUCCCUGACUAAAUACAUUGAGCCGUGCCUCGCUUUGCUCAAUAUGAACAGUGUAAUUUUUCAAUAGCGAUUUGUGAGUCGCGAUAUAGAAUGUGCAAGGCUCUGAGCGAAACGAGGGUCAUUCUCUACUAGCAUAUGUUUAGUUAUAGAACCAAUACAAUUACAUAUAUAGAUGUACGUAUAUGUAUAUACAUAUACAUAUAUUACACAUGUAUGUAUAUGUAUAUAUACUUGUGUAACAUACGUACAGAUAUAUAUACAUAUAUAGAUAUACAUAUAUAUAUAAUAAAAAUAUGCUUAUUAUUUCACUUAUAUAAAGUGUACCUUGUGUGCUAAUGAGACGAAGAUGUGAAGAGCGAGCAAAGGUUUUGAUUGUUACAAAAUCUGUCGUAUUUGAGACGUGCGUAACUAAGUUAGUCCAGAAAAACGUUUGUAAACGCGAAAAAAUUGUAAUUGCAAAAUAUGCUCUAAAAAUUGUUUUUGAAAAACAUCUCUUCUUACCGCGCGAUCCUCAAACAUAACAGAUUUACCAAAAUGUCAUAAGAAAAAAAAUUAUAUUCUUUAUUAUAGUCUCACGUUAUAUCAAGAAUAAAUCAAUGUUUUUAUUUCUCGUGGCGUUUUUAAUUAUGGUCACGCAUGUACAUAUUAUGUUGAUAUUGGAAGAUUUAAAAAAAUUGUGUAUUUUCAUGUCAAAUAUGACUCGACAUAACAAUAUUAUGGUAGCAUAUAAGAAAAAAACCUGAGAAAUUUUUAAGAACGGACUGAAUUGUUAAUGUUCUGUAAUUAACUUUUUUUUUUUUUUUUUUUGAUAUAUAUGUAUAUAAAUGUACGUAUGUAUCAAAAAAGAUUAAAAUUUGUGUAUAUUUACAGACGCAUAUAAUACUGCAAAAUGAGGAAAUAUAGAGCUACAUUUUUUCUAUUAAAAGAAAAAAACGAAAAAGAAAACGCUAUCUUUCUGAACAAGAUUUGUUGACUUUAUUAAAUUCAUAAAUGGUAUAAAGUGAUGCCGAACGAGUAAAGUAGCUUUCCUCUACGUUCACAUGUCGAUAACAAUCUGAUAUUUUCAACACUAACAAUUUUAUCUAUUUACAUUUAUUUCUAUUGUGUGCACCAUAUACACUUGUAAUUAAGAAUAAAAUAAAUAUAUAAAUAUUUACAUAACUGA